GUUGUGGCGGCAUAUACACAAGGCUACUUUGUUUUGGUCGCGUGAAGAUGACGUAAUAAUAGUGCUUCGAGAGCUCCAGUCAUGGCGGGUCUUGGUGACUGUGAGUUCCUAGUGCGGAGAGCACGGGAGUUGGUGCAAGAAGAUACAUGUGCGGCCAGAGCUUGGCUCAUUACAGCGCGCACACUGUACCCUCAGGACUUCAAUAUUCAGUAUGAAAUGUACAGUAUUGAAAGAAAUGCAGAACGAACAGCAUCCGCUGGAAGACUGCUAUAUGAUAUGUUUGUGAACUUUCCAGACCAGCCUGUAGUUUGGAGGGAAAUCGGAGUGAUUACAGCUGCUCUCCGGAAUGACUCUCAGGACAAACAGACCCAGUUUUUAAGAGGUUUGUUUGAGGCACUACCUGGUCGCAUUCAGUGUGAUAUGUUGUUGAAAGCUACUGAGCAAUGUUUCAACACAUUGGAACGGGCAGAGAUGUUGCUGCUUUUGUUGAGGCGUUUCCCAGAGACUGUGGUACAACAUGGGGUAAGCUUGGGUGAAACAUUAUUGGAGGCUGAGAAUAUUGAAGACCAAGAAUCUCCUGUAAACUGUUUUAGAAAGUUGUUUGUCUGUGAUGUCUUGCCUCUUAUUAUAAACAACCUGGAUGUUCGGCUGCCAGCCAGUUUGUUAUAUAAAUACCUGAACAAAGCUGCAGAAUUUUAUAUCAAUUAUGUAACCCGAUCUCCUCAAACAGACAACCAACAUCAGGGUGUACAGGAAACAUCUGACCUUUUAUCACCCACGAAACGGAACUCUCAAAAAUACAUUAUUGAAGGCUUGACUGAAAAAUCAUCUCAGAUAGUGGACCCCUGGGAAAGGCUUUUUAAAAUUUUGUCAGUUAUAGGUAUGCGUUGCGAAUGGCAGAUGGAUAAAGGAACAAGGACUUUGAAUGAUGUUUUUCAUCGUGUAAAAGAUCUUUGUAGAUACAUCACCAACUUUGAAAAUGAAGCCCAUGCAAAAUAUAAAAAUCAGGUUGUCUAUUCAACUACUCUUGUGUUCUUUAAAAAUGUGUUUCACUAUAUCAGCAGCAUUCAGCCAUCACUUUUUCAAGGGCCAAACACAACAAACCAAGUACCUAUUAUUCUUUUGGAAGAUAUAUCGAACAUAUACACUGAAGUUGAACAAACUCCUGGCAAACAUAUUCACAAAAGAAGAAAACUUGCAGAAAGCAGAGAAAAAACCAUGAGCUCAGAUGAUGAGGAUGUCUCUGGCAAAGGCCGAAAUCGCCAUGUUGUUGUUAAUAAGAAUGAUCUGGCUAAUCCAAAUGAAGUGCUAGAAUGCUUUAAGAUAGCAAGAGAAUGUUGGGACCUGCUGCAUUCAACAGAAGCACUAGAAAAAGAAUUUUCCAGAAUUUGCUUGCCAUGGAAGACAGACACAUGGCUCUGGUUAAGGAUCUUCCUCACAGACAUGGUUAUUUAUCAGGGGCAACACAAGAAGGCAAUUGCUAGCCUUCAUCAUUUGGCAGCACUUCAGGGUUCACGUUCCCCAAACCAGCAGAUUAUAGCUCAGGGAGCACUGGAACAGCAGAGGGCUGUCAUUCAGCUUGCAUCAUGCCACUUUGCAUUAGGAGAGUACAGGUUAACGUGUGAAAAAGUCCUGGACCUGAUGAACUAUAUUGUGCCACCUGUACAGGAGUCUGCCAGAAUUCAAGAAGAUCCUUCCAAAAUAAAACCUAAAUUCAGGAAAGGUUCUGACUUAAAAUUAUUGCCAUGUACAAGUAAAUCUGUUAUGCCUUACUGUCUUCAGCUGAUGUUGGCAAGUUUAAAGCUCAGAGCAUUUGCAGAUAACCGGGAUGACAUGGCACUGGGUCAUGUUAUUGUGCUACUUCAGCAUGAUUGGCCUAAGGGAGAGAACCUGUUCCUAAAAGCUAUAUCCAAGAUAUGUCAGCAGGGAAACUUUCAGUAUGAAAACUUUUUCAACUAUAUCACAAAUAUUGACAUGUUAGAGGAGUUUGCCUAUUUAAGGACUCAAGAAGGGGGUAAGGUUCACCUGGAACUUAUCCCAAACCAAGGAGUGCUUCUAAAGACCUCUAGCAAUACCAUGGGUUUGCUGCAGCAGGAAUUCAUACCUGUUCUACAGGCCAGCAUAGCAACCAAUGACAGACAUCAUACAGUGACACGAGGUAUCACUAAAGGGGUCAAAGAAGAUUUUCGGCUUGCCAUGGAACGGCAAGUUUCUCGGUGCACAGAGAAUCUGAUGGUAGUGUUGCAUCGUUUCUGCAUUAAUGAAAAGAUCAUACUGUUGCAGUGUUUAACCUGAUGUCGCCUAGAAUCAGUGUAUUAUCUAACUGGAAGCCUUAGGGACUACAGUGCAUCAUUGUAAAUACUUUUUUUUCCCCAAUGUUCAUAAAUCAUGUAUAUGUGUAUCUGAUGAACUCCUGCAUAGCAUUUCUUUUUGUAACAUACUCCUUUGGUAUUCUUCGGUAUGUAUAUAAUGAAAUAUUGUAUUUCUGUGAAAGUACUUCCUUCUACUUCAUAUGGACUGAAUUGCAGUGUGGGUGGUGCAAACAUUACACCAGAAGGAUCUUUGUAUUAUGCUUGUAAGUUAUAGAUAUAACUUAAUGCGUAUUGACCAAAAAUUGGCAUUAGUGUUUAAGCUUAAAAAUUCCUCUUUGGUUGUAUAACUGUGCACAUAUAUAGCAGGUCAUUCUUUACAAAACUAAAGUAAAAUGAAUUAAAUAUUUUGCUGUCAUUGUUUUGUGUCUAUAGAACUCAGUUUUACAGCAGUGUUUUUGAGUUACUGGCCUACCGUAACUUCAGAGAUAAAAGUUAAGGUUCAUUUUAUAUGCAGACAUGCACAUAUUAAUAUUUUAAUGUGUGGGCAGACAUGCCCACACAUUAAAAAACACAAGAACAAGUGCAAGUGUUGCUGCCAACUUCAUUUGUGCAAAGGUGCAAAAGUGCAAAACUGCAAAUGAAGGUGCCAAAAUACAGGUGAUAGUAUCCUCUCAAUAGCAGGACUUACCAGAUGCUCAAUGAAUCAAAACCAAACAUAAUACACGUGACAGUCAGUCUUCAUGUGCUUCAAAAGUACUUUCUAUGGAGAGACACGCUAAAUAGUGUAAUACAGUUUUAAUCUUUGAAAUAAAAAAAAAAACAAAAGGGAAAAUAAAUGUCAAUAACAGCAUAGUACAACGAUAGUAUCCAAAGCGUUUCUCGUGGACUGACAUGCUUCCUCAGGAGAUAUAUGGAAGCUUGGCCACAAGAAUCUUGUAGAGGCAUUUAACACUUUGGAUACUAUCAUUGUACAAUGUUGUUAUUAACAGACACUACUGCCAUAUUUCAUGGCAUUUCAAUUAAACUGAAUUUGUACACCAGUUGGAGUAAAUCACAGGGCUGAUCUCCAGGCCCACCUUGGGCUCCAAUGAAAGCCUUAACAUGCUCCAGUUUUGUCAGGUGUGGUUAUAUGUCCUUUAUCAAAGUCUGUAUCAAGGCCUGACAAGAUUCAAUGAAAACUGUUACUAUGCCACCUUAUGUCUGUUACCAUUUCGAUGAAUUCCCAUAUGCAGUCAUCAUGAGGCAAUCAUUACAUACAUGGGGCAACUAAACUAUGGUUGAGUACAACUUCCCCUUUUUUGUAGCUGAACUGCCAGCAUUGCAGUAAGGACUGCACAUAGGAUACAAUUUGCUGUGCUCUAGGUAAUGUUAAGAACACUACUUUUUGUUAAUGGCAUUACUGCUGCACUGCAACAUAAGAAACAAUAAAUCACAUCACAGGUAUAAAUUACAUAUUAAAUGAACUUUAUUUUAAAAAUACAUUUAUUAAAAAUCAUAUUAGAAAUCUAAAUGAAACUAUAAAAUAAAACAGCAGCAUGAGUCCUAAAUUAAACUGUGUGACUUGGUUUAGGAUGCAAUGGGAAGAUCAUAGUAAACCUUACGCUUAUUGCAAAUGCGAUGGGCUGCAAUUAGUAAAAGGUUGCUAUAGCUACAAAGUGGGCAAUAUCUACACAUGGGGCUAAGAAUGGUGUUGAUACUCUUGAGUAUAGAAAAAUAAGCAGCUACUCUAGAUACCUUGAGUAUAGUACCCAAUAAGCAAUAACAACUUAAUGAAACCGCUCUGUUUGGUGGAUACUUUUCCCUGGGAGGCUGUGGGCACAUUUUAUGUAUUUGGAUUUAUAAAGGUGGGCAAACAUACUGGUUAUGUGUUCUGCAUGCCUGCAAAAUAUUUCAAGUUAACCUGUGCAACCACAAAGCAUCUGCAACUUAAAACAUUAUUAUAUAAUUACUUUGCAUUUAUUUGUUUGUAUUUUUUCUUUCUAUUCUUCCUUAUUCCAAAAUGGAAUUUCAGAUUCUGGAUGGUUCUUAGGUUAAGUGAUCCUGGCAACCAGAAGGCAGACUGACUAUGUGACCAGCUUUGUUCUCUAUGACUUAUGUUUCUGUUUCAACAAGUACCUUAUUAACCACAAAUCUGACCAGUAACUGGACUGAUUGCUAGUAUCAGUGACCAGCAGUUUAAAUACCAAUCUAGGGAGCUUCAGAACACUAUAACUAUAUUUAUUGUCUUCUGCCUUUUUCCAGAGUUUAAUUAGGGGUCACUAACCGCGGCAGCAAAAAAAACACUUGCUUUGUGUAGCUAAAAUAUUACUGUUACUUUUUAUGACUUAUCUUUUUAUUAAAGCCCUUUCAUAUA